AAUCUUUCCUAAUCUCGGUAAUAUUUAACCCGAUCAAAUAUUACGCAACGGUGUUUUUCCAAAAGGCAACUGGCAACAACGUUUUCUUUUCUUUGCAAACGUUUCACUUCUUGGAUGAGAAGCCAAACCAAGGAAAGCCCAGCUGCCUUGGAAAAGCAUCUUUGGGACAACCGUGACCCUGGAUAGUUGAGAAUCUCCAUAGAUCAAAUCCUGCCACUGCCAAGAAGGGUUCUUCCAACUGAAUACAUAUUUGGGCAUGGUUGGCUUUGUGACCGGUGGGGCUUCUGGGCUGGGCCGUGCCACAGUGGAACGAUUAAUACAACAGGGAGGCAGUGCUGUGAUUGUGGACCUGCCAACGUCUGAUGGCGAACAGGUGGCCAAGUCGCUGGGAGACAGAUGCAUCUUUACUCCAGCUGAUGUAACAUCGGAGUCAGAUGUGAAGGCUGCACUGGCAACAGCAAAGGAGAAAUUUGGCCAUAUAGAUCUGGCAGUGAACUGUGCUGCGAUUGUAGUGAUAUUGAAGACGUACGAUGUGCAUAAAGAUCAUACUCAUAGUUUGGAGGACUUCCAGAGAAUCAUCAACGUCAAUCUUGUUGGGACAUUCAAUGUGAUUCGCCUGGUUGCAGGUGUGAUGAGUAAAAAUGAGCCAAACUCAGAUGGACAGAGAGGAGUGAUUAUCAACACUGCCAGCGUGGGUGCCUUUGAGGCUCAGGUGGGACAGGCUGCCUAUUCAGCUUCGAAAGGAGGCAUUGUAUCAAUGACCCUGCCAAUCGCCCGAGAUCUUGCCUCUAUUGGCAUUCGUGUUGUUACCAUUGCACCAGGGCUCUUUGAGACGCCUCUACUGGGGACACUCCCUGAAAACGUUCGGGCAUCCUUGGAACGAGAGGUGCCUUUCCCAAGUCGUCUUGGGGCUCCAGAAGAAUAUGCUCAUCUGGUACAAUGCAUAGCGGAGAAUCCUAUGCUAAAUGGCGAGGUAAUACGGCUUGAUGGAGCUAUCCGAUUGAGCUAUCCCUGAGCCGUACCCCAACCCUGCAAAAAAAAAAAAAAAAA